CCGAACUCGCAGGAGCGGGAUGAGGGGACAAUUGCGUGGAUGGAUUUCAAAGCAGGAAGCUGCGUUAUUACAUUAUUGGUUUCUCGACUAGAAAAAAUGUGGAUUCUCAUCGUGUAAGUGAACGGCUUCCAGUCUAUUCCAUAUAUGUCCAUAAUAUGUGAUCAGUAUCAUGAAAUCCCCUUCCUCUUAGCCCCUCUAUUCGUAUGAUGCUGAGAUAUUUGCACGGUAUCUCGUUCCGCUCCUUUGCAACAUCUACUGGUUUUUUCUGCCUUGGUUUUGCUACCGAGUCCUACUUUCAUCGCAACCGGCGAGAGACAUCGUCCUAUACAAAGAAGAAUCCCGUCGCCACACAAGAUAAGAUGGCGAUUCAGAAUCAAGUCAAGACUCCUUUCCAGACCUUAUUCGCCGUGUCGAUGACUUGUGAUGGUUGCGUCAAGUCAAUUUCUGAUGCGCUGUAUAAUCUCGACGGCAUUACCAAGGUCGAAGCCAAUCUGAAGGAUCAGCUCGUAACAGUCGAGGGGACUGCUGCGCCGUCUGCGAUUGUAAGUGCCAUUGAAUCCACAGGCCGGGAUGCUAUUUUGCGAGGAUCGGGUGCAUCAAACGCUGUAUGCAUUCUCGAGACGUAUCACCGCAACGAGAAGGGUGGUGAGGAGUUGGUGCCUGCUUCUGCUCCAGAGGCGUCUACAGAAGGAUCAGGAGCAAGUGACAGGGAGGUCAGGGGCUUAGCUCGUAUGGUGCAGGUCUCUCCUACGACAACUCUCAUAGAUUUGACCGUCCGUGGCGUUACCCCCGGAACAUAUGCGGCCAGCAUCAGAGAAUACGGCGACCUGAAAUUUGGCGCUACAUCUACGGGACCGGUAUGGGCAGGUGGAAGCGGCACGACUCAACCUCGUGGUAUCCUCGGUACUGUACAAGUUGGGAGUGAUGGUCGAGGCGCCACGUUUCUAGACCACCCCUUUCAGGUUUGGGAAGUUAUCGGACAUGCAAUGGUUGUCUCUAGACAACACGAAGGGGUUGCGGAAGCAGAGUUGAAGAACGAUGAAAACACAGUCGUCGGCGUCAUUGCGCGAAGUGCUGGGAUGUGGGACAACGAUAAGACGGUGUGUUCGUGCACCGGGAAGACACUUUGGGAGGAAAGAAAAGACGAAGUUAAGAAGGGUAUGAUCUAAUUUUUGGAGUAGUUCGGUACGAUUCCGGAUCGCCAAGGCGUUUUGAAGAAUAAGGAUCUCCCAUCAAAGUUAUCAGCGUUCAGUCCGUUCCCUCAUCGAAUAAGACAUCUUCGAACAUGCCGACCUUAAGGGUCCUCUUGCUUCCCAAAUAGUUCAUGAAGCCUCUUACAGGACAGACAUUGGACGAGGUUACAUUGAAUCAAAUGACAGGUCCGACAUAGGUCUGCCUUACUCGUGUCAUUCGAUUUAUUUGGAUAAGAAACACUCCUCAUCAAUACAAACACGUCCAGGGGCUUCGGGAUAACAAUGCCGAGCUGUUGCCCAGAAGAGCUUUAUAGAAUCGCGUGAUGUCGAUUACUUGAUGGCACGAUACAACGACCCACGGUGGCACCACUGCCAUCCCCUAGUCCAGAUCUCAUGAUAAAUCGCCGCCAAGAAUUGCCUCGUUGGGAUGCCG